AUGGUGGAUGUAAAUUGUACCAUAGUGGCAGAGUUCAUUCUCCUGGGCUUAUCAGAGGGACCAGAGCUGAGAAUCUUCCUUUUCUUACUUUUCCUGCUAAUCUAUGGAGUCACAGUGUUGGGAAACCUGGGCAUGAUUACAGUGAUUCAGGUCAGCUCAAAGCUGCACACCCCCAUGUACUUUUUCCUCAGCCACUUGUCUUUUGUGGAUUUCUGCUACUCCACCAUCAUUGUGCCUAAGAUGCUUGACAAUAUGAUAAACAAGGACAAAGCCAUAUCUUUCUUGGGAUGCAUGGUACAAUUCUAUUUGUUUUGUACCUACGCAGUCACUGAGGUCAUCUUGCUGGCCGUGAUGGCCUAUGACCGCUUUGUGGCCAUCUGCAAGCCCCUGCUCUACAUGGUCAUCAUGUCCCAAAAGCUCUGUGUGGAGCUAGUGUCUGGCUGUUACCUGUGUGGAACAGUGUGUUCUCUGAUACACUUGUGUUUAGCUCUUGAGAUCCCAUCCUAUCGAUCCAAUGUGAUUAACCACUUCUUCUGUGAUCUACCUCCGAUCUUCACUCUUGCUUGUUCUGAUGUGUCUAUGAAUGAACUAGUGGUAUACAUUGUGGCCACUGUCAAUGAGAUCAUCACCAUGGUGGUCAUCCUCACCUCCUACCUGUUUAUUCUCAUCACCAUCCUGAGGAUGCGCUCUGCAGAGGGAAGACGCAAAGCUUUUUCCACUUGUGCCUCCCACCUCACAGCCAUCGUUAUCUUCCAUGGAACAAUACUUUUCAUUUAUUGCCGACCCAGCUCUGGCAACAGUCUGGAGAUAGACAAGAUAGCCACUGUGUUCUACACUAUUGUGAUUCCCAUGCUGAACCCCCUGAUCUACAGCCUGAGGAAUAAGGAUGUGAAGGAAGCUCUCAGGAAAAUGGUGUACCCAAACAUUUUUUCCUAG